AUCCCCCGCAGCGGCUGUCGCCUUCGCAGCCCUACGCUCAGCCGGGAGCAGAGCAGACGGCACCGGCCCAAGCGAAGCGCCGCGCGUGCCCACCCGCGAAGCCAGACUUCUGACUGUCGGUGUGAGAGUAGUGUUGCUGCUGCUGGUCCCUGAGCCAUGGAGGCGCCUCUGCAGACAGAGAUGGUAGAACUGGUGCCCAACGGCAAACACUUGGAGGGGCUACUUCCAGUGGUCACCCCCACAGCCUGCAUCCAGAGGAUCGAGGACUCCAGACAGAGCUGUGCUGAGGGCAAGGGCUUCCUACAGAAAAGCCCCAGCAAGGAGCCACACUUCACUGAUUUCGAGGGGAAGACGUCAUUCGGGAUGUCAGUGUUUAACCUCAGCAAUGCUAUCAUGGGGAGCGGCAUCCUGGGGCUUGCCUAUGCCAUGGCCAAUACAGGCAUUGUCCUUUUCCUGUUCCUAUUGACGGCCGUCGCCCUGCUCUCCAGCUACUCCAUCCACCUGCUCCUCAAGUCUUCAGGGGUCGUGGGCAUCCGUGCCUAUGAGCAGCUGGGCUACCGUGCCUUUGGGACCCCAGGAAAGCUGGUGGCAGCAAUGGCUAUCACACUACAGAACAUUGGAGCCAUGUCCAGCUACUUGUACAUCAUCAAGUCUGAGCUGCCUCUUGUCAUACAGACCUUUCUGAACCUGGACGAUCAAACCUCGGACUGGUACAUGAACGGGAACUAUCUGGUGAUCCUGGUCUCUGUCAUCAUCAUUCUGCCCCUGGCACUGAUGCGGCAGCUUGGCUACCUGGGCUACUCCAGUGGCUUCUCUCUCAGCUGCAUGGUGUUCUUCCUAAUUGCAGUCAUCUACAAAAAGUUCCACGUGUCCUGCCCGCUGCCCUCCUUCGGCAACACCACAGACAACUUCGACUACACGGAGGUCAUGGAGGAGAAGGUGCAGGUGCAGGUUGAGACUGAGGCUUCAGCCUUCUGCACCCCAAGCUACUUCACACUCAACUCACAGACAGCAUACACCAUCCCCAUCAUGGCCUUCGCUUUUGUCUGCCACCCUGAGGUGCUGCCCAUCUAUACAGAGCUCAAGGACCCCUCCAAGAAGAAGAUGCAACACAUCUCCAACCUGUCCAUCUCCGUCAUGUAUGUCAUGUACUUCCUGGCUGCCCUCUUCGGCUACCUCACCUUCUACGACAGCGUGGAGUCAGAGCUGCUGCACACUUACAUCAGGGUGGACCCAUUUGAUGUGCUGAUCCUGUGUGUGCGUGUGGCUGUGCUGACAGCAGUCACACUCACAGUGCCAAUCGUUCUGUUCCCGGUGCGCCGUGCCAUCCAGCAGAUACUGUUUCAGAACCAGGAGUUCAACUGGUUGCGGCACAUACUCAUUGCCACUGGUCUGCUUACCUUCAUCAACCUGCUGGUCAUCUUCGCCCCCAACAUCCUGGGCAUCUUUGGGGUCAUCGGUGCCACAUCUGCCCCAUGCCUCAUCUUCAUCUUUCCUGCUAUCUUCUAUUUCCGAAUUGUGCCCACUGAGAAGGAGCCUGCAAGAUCCACCCCAAAAAUCCUGGCCCUUUGUUUUGCUGUGCUUGGCUUCUUGCUGAUGACCAUGAGCCUGAGCUUCAUCAUCAUUGACUGGAUCUCGGGGACCAGCCAGCCCGGAGGAAGCCAUUAGGGUGACCUCCAUCCUGUUUUGUUUACUUGUCCUGGCACCCCUGCCCAAACUCUCCAGCCCCUACACCCAUCCAGUGGCCAGUCAAUUGGAGGGAAAAGAUCCAGUUAACACCAUAGCAUUUGGCCUCACCCCAUGUCUUCUCUGUGGAAGGUUUUUGUUAAAGAGCAAGGACCAAGGCCCUUGGGCCACCACCCUGUUGGGCUUCAGAGCUGCAGGGACUUUCUCAGCUGGGAGCAGGGUAAGGCUGUCACCUCAGAUCCCACCCAGGCCCCUCAUCUGCUCUUGCACAGAUGCAUACACUGAGGCCCAGAAGCUGCCUCCUGAGGUCACACAGCCUGUAGAGGCAUGUAGAGCUGGAAUCCAAGCCUUCAGCCAUCUGCCCACUCUGCUCUUAUACCAGGAUCUGCACCCUGGGCCUCAUCUCCCCAGCCCACUUGCCUUUUCUCCUUCCAUCCCUCCCCUAGGCCUCUUUCAGACACUUGGGCUCAGGUCCUUGGAUAUUCUUGUCUUCUUCUUCCAUCCUCUCCACAGGAGGAGGCCCCACCCCAACCCAUAGAUAGGGUCAGCAGGUUCUGUUGAGGGUGGGGCUGGUGUGGGUAUACCCAAGGGAUCCCUGCCUUGUCCUUUCACCAGUCCUGGGGAGGCUGGGACUCCCCCAACCCCUAGCCUGGGCCAUAGCUCACAUUCCACUGCUGGGAGAAGAGAGAAGCUGGGGCCCAGAGUGUCCUGCCCCUGGGAGCCAAAGACCCCAGGGGCCAAACUGGGGCAGGGGUGGGGAGGCUGGCAUUCCCUUUUUAUAAAUAUUAUUACAUAAGAUCAGC